AAAUGAAUGCUCCAGAGUUGUGUAUAUUCGACGCCUUCUAUCUCAAAUACCUUAGCAUCGCUGUUCCACUGGUCUAUUAAUAGCCACGAGACUUUUACUGGAAGGAAAAUAGUUUGUCCCUGAUCGGAUUUGUCACCUGCAAUGUAAACGUUGAAGCUAGUCUUCAUCGUUGCAAAUCAAUGCUCUUGCAUCACAGGUUAUGGUUUAUUUGCACACGGCAUGUGGUGUUCUUUAAAAUUAUAUAUUAUACGACAGUAUUAUUUGUUACGCCCUCUUAUCAAAUAACCGUAAUAUUUUAGCCAAAUUGGAUCAUAUCUGCUUUCGUGUGCUACCGUCAUCUCGCGGUAGUUUAUGGAACUGCAGCCGGUUGAUGUGUGUGCAGAUCGUGCUGUUGGUGGUUAUAUUUGUAGUAGAAUAGUGAUAAAAGUCCUCAAAAGCGCAUAGUGGUGGUGUCUAAGUUGUCUGAGCACCUGCAAAAGGGCUGGUGCGUUUUAUGGAUCCCAGUAUAGGUUGGUUUCAGCCAGAGCAAGACGGACCAUCGAAAGUGCUGUGGACACGCAUUUGGGAAGCCCAAAAGGGGCUUGAUAGUAUGAAUAUUAUAGAUACUAGUCCAGCAAUAGGACAGAAAGGACAGGAUUACAUUCAUUUAGAUAGUUUAACGAACAAUGAAGAUUUUCAUGAUCGUGUGAUAAAUAAUAAUACUUACUACAAGCGCACACGCAGGAAAAGGAAAAAUCGUGCAAGUACUUAUGGCAUGAACUUUAACCAGGCGUCGUUGGUUGGUGAGCACGGUGGUUGCCCAUGGAGAAAUUCGAGUAAAACCUACGGCCGUGGUGUCAUCGGUCUUCAUGAAGAGAUCGAGGACUUUUACGAGUACAUGAGUCCAACGCAAGCAGAACAUGAGCUUCGCCUUAGUGUGGUUCGAAAGAUUAAAAAAGUGAUCCGUAGUUUGUGGCCAGAUUCGACAGUUGAAAUAUUUGGAAGUUUCAGGACAGGCCUUUAUCUCCCAACAAGUGAUAUAGAUCUGGUUGUGAUUGGCAAAUGGCAGACCCUUCCACUUCGGACGUUGGAACAAUCAUUGUUGGAACACAACAUUGCAGAACCAUCAUCAAUUAAAGUUCUCGAUAAGGCUUCGGUACCAAUAGUAAAGCUGAAAGAUCGGGAGUCGGACAUAAAGGUUGACAUCAGCUUUAACAUGAGCAAUGGUGUGAAGUCUGCAGAGCUCAUAAAGGACUUCAAAGAGCGCUUCCCAGUUUUGCCAAAGCUAGUCCUUGUACUAAAACAGUUCCUUUUACAGAGAGAUUUAAAUGAGGUUUUCACUGGUGGUAUCUCAUCUUACAGUCUCAUACUAAUGACGAUUAGCUUCUUGCAGUUGCAUCCACGUCAGAAUGCGUAUAGCCCAAACGCUAAUCUUGGUGUGCUGCUAAUUGAAUUUUUUGAGCUGUAUGGCCGUAAAUUCAAUUACAUGAAGACUGGCAUUCGCGUUAAGAAUGGAGGCACCUACAUCUCAAAGGAAGAGGUGCAGCGUGAUAUGGCAGAUGGACAACACCCUUCACUUCUUUACAUUGAAGACCCACUAACACCUGGGAAUGACAUAGGACGCAGUUCAUAUGGUGCACUGCAAGUAAAGCAGGCUUUCAGUUAUGCUUAUAUUGUGCUUACACAAGCUGUGAAUCCACUUAAUCACCUCAUCUAUGAUGCUAACAAGGCCAGUAUUCUAGGCCGAAUCAUCAGGGUGACUGAUGAAGUGAUCCAGUAUAGAGCAUGGAUCCGGGAAAAUUUUCCCAUAUCAUCUACAGAGACUGAAGGAGAGCAUGAACCUGAGGCUGAACCUGAAGCCGAGCCUGAAGCAGAAGCAGAGGAAUCCUUAAGCUCGUGCAGUGAUCAGUCAACUCUGGAUACUGGAGAUUCAAGUUUAACUUCCUCCAGCGAUUCGGUGGGUCAGCUACCGCUCCCGUUUGGAUUCAGAAAGCAGCAGAAGUUCGUCGAGGCGGGAAGUGACCAGUGUUCAGUACGAAAAUCUUCCAAACCACGCAACAGGGUUAGACUUCGAACAGAUAGUUGGAGUCGGUCGGAGAUAUCGUCACCUGUCAAGGGGCAUGACGACAACACGGGGCUGGCCCCGACACACAAGACACUACUCCCCGUCUGCAGUGACAACACAGCAACAACAUCGAGUAACACAACAGAUGACCUACCAUCCCACCGGUGUUCACCAGACAGUAGUGCCAUCUCUACAACAACAGCAGCAACAACAGACUGCACCUCCCACAACCAACAACAUUCAUCGAGGCCGUGCCAGCAAGCGGCGCAAGAGCGGACUUCCUCUACGGAACGGAGCCGUCCCCCCUCCGCCCCCGACCUCAACCGAGCGGUACGCCCGGUGAGGCCCAGUGAUGGCGCCCGUCCUCGUGGGUCUACACCUGGCCGACGUGUCCGAAUUUUUGCCCGCAGUCGGGCGUCGUGUGUCGCUUGACCUCUCUUCCUCACUUUGCAGCCAUGUGCCAAGUGUUGGGCGGAACUAGUUAAAAGUUCUUGCUGUUGGCAGGUGCAUUGACUGAGCUCUUGAAGUUGCAAAUCUACUUGCAACACUUUGAGAUGCACUUACGUGUGGGGCCACAUGUACCCUUGUGUGAUUAGACUGUUUUGAACAUGAUAAUCUUCAAUAAGUCUUAUUUAUAAAUGACUCGAGAAAAAAAAUGUGAGCCAUCGUGUACGUGUCUGUGUGAGCGCAUGCUUGAAAUGUGUGAAUGGGUGAGUAUUCUGUGUGGACAGUAACUGAAGAAGACAAUUCAGUGUAGUAUCGUGAAAACACAUUUAUAUCUGUGUAUUUAUGAGCUUGUAAUUUGUCAUGUUCCUUUUCUUCUUUUUCUUUUUUCUUUUUUUGUGAGUAUGUAUUCCAAGGCGUCUGCACUAGAAACCAACAGACUUUAAAUUUCAUGACCUAAGGGCUUCAGUGCAUUUAUUGUAGCAGCACAUGUGGUUGUCUUGUCUCUGGCAUCUUUGUGAUGUCACCAAUUGCCUCUUUUUCUGUACCACAACAAUUGUUUACCAAAGUUAUAAACUGAUCUUCUCAUGAAACCAUAGUUAAAUGUGAACAGCUGAAUUUUGGAGCAAGCAGUUCUGUAAAUGUGCUUCCAGUAAGUUACAUAUGUUUGAUAUUUUUAUGUAACAUUAAUUUUAUAGAUUAUCCCGGUAUAUGCAAAGGCACAAAAAAAUCCCUGAUUUUAUUUACCAGGACAGUGUAUUAUUUCUUUACACUAGCUUUCACAUGAAAGACACUUCAAUUUUUUAGCACUCAAGAAAUCAUUAUAGUUAUGGCUGUGUCGCAGUGAAUGUGUGCAAACAAGAGCAGUUUAUAAUCUUUUUACUAAUAGCUGUUACAGCUUAUUACCACACAAUAAAAGUUGUUUAACUUAUUUUAAAUUCACUGUCAUAGCUAUUUUAUUUAAAUCCUUUUAGAUUUCCUCCUCGAACACUCUGUGUUCAAGCCAGUUAAUCAUUUUUGUGUAUAUUUUCUCAUAUAAUCAGGGACUGAAUGUUUACUUGGACAUUUACAUAAAUUAUAAAAAUUAAUGGUAUAAAAUGAAGAAGUCGUUUGAAUAGAAUGUUUGUUGUCCUUUUUAAUGAUGUGUUUUGACAUGUUAUUACAGUGCUUCGCAGGUGAAACAGUCAGACAAAUAACAAGUGUGAGCAUGAAACCACCUUUGUCUUGCAAAAUUUGUUCAAGAAAGCCCCCGUUCAUAUGCAGUUUCCACAAAUUCUACUGUUAUGGUCAGCAUAAGAUAAAUUUAGUAGUAUCAUCAGAAAUGUGUUUAAAAAGUUAAUGUUGUGAGAGUCAUCUGAUAGAAAUUUUGCUUGCAUCAUGUAUGUCUUAAACAUAACUACAGAUUUGAUUUGUUUGGGUGACACAGUUUCUUCAUGUGUGCCACACUUAGUAUCUACACAGCUGGAUUUAUUUCAGAACCUGUGCAUUCACAAAGCCAUAUUAACUAUAUGAGGCAAUAACAUGGAAAGACAGAGAACUAUAAUAUUACUUGCAGGGAUGCAUACAGAAACUUGAUUACAACAUUAUAGAGCAUUAUAAAAAGAUUAUUAUAAACAUAAUUAAUUUAUCAGAUUGAACUGAAAAGUUUGGUGAAGAUUAUACAGGGAACAAAAGGAAAAACAGAAAGAUGCUGUCCCUAAUAAAAAAAUCCACUUAAAGAAAAGUAAGCUUUUCCCAGUACAAAUUUAUAUUAUUUUCAAGUGGUGCUUUAUUUCCUAAGUAUGUCAUACUGCUGAAAAUCGGUUAAAAGUUCAUCUGUUUUAUAUCUUCAAAUGUCUGGAAUUGCAGAAAGGAGGUGAGAUAGAAGAGGAUCACAUUUUAAAUUAGCAUUACCAACUCGAAGUACAGCUAGUUUAAUAUUCCAUGGAUCAUUUGUAUGAUUGCCGGCCACUGUGGCAGAGUGGUUCUAGGCGCUUCAGUCUGGAACCGCGCAUCCGCAACGGUCGCAGGUUCGAAUCCUGCCUCGGGCAUGGAUGUGUGUGGUGUCCUUAGGUUAGUUAGGUUUAAGUAGUUCUAAGUUCUAGGUGACUGAUGACCUCGGAUGUUAAGUCCCAUAGUGCUCAGAGCCAUUUGAACCAUUUGUAUGAUUCAUUAUAAUGUGGAAUAAGGUAUUUUACAUUCAUAUUACAUAGUAAUGUGUAAAUACGGCUACGUACUGACCAUUUACUUCCUUAAAUACCGUUGUGAGUUACUACUUCGUACCCACUACCUUUUACACAUUACAAAAGGGUUAUUCCAUGUGAAAGCAGUCGGUGGCUCUUGACAUCUCAGAUUUUUUUUAAUUCCCUGUACAAUGAUAGUAUUAAUUAUUUGCGUCAACAUUCUUAAACUUUUUUGGACCUUUUGUUUUUGAGUUAUUAAUUUUAAAAGUUUCAAGAGUUGUGAAAUUUUUGUCAAGUUUUGAAACAUAAAACUGGCCGUCUCAAAAGCUA